CGGGACAUUUUGUUUGUUGGUGCCCCACAUCAAGCCCCAGCAGCGCGUCGGCGCGUACAAACCCACCGACAACCAUCCUCGAUGCGGUCAUAGGCGCCAUCCACGACACUCUGCCACCAUGAGCGCGCUCUCCCCGGCUGAAGAGGCGCAGUUGAAGGCGCAGCUACAAAAUGCCGUAGAGUCGUGCACGGCGCGUUGUCUCUAUAACUCGGCGAAGUGGGCUGCAGAACUGCUCAACGCGCUCCCCGCCUCGGACGACGAUGGCUCGGAUACGGACAUCGAUUCGCCCAUGUCUGGCCACACCCCGCCGCAGACGCCUGCACAUGUUCCCAAGGAUGCCACCGAGCAGCGGCUGGAGGCGCGGGAAGCACACAAGUUCCUCCUCGCCAAGACACUGUUUGACUGCCGCGAGUACGAUCGGUGCGCUGCUGUCUUCAUUCCGGUGCCCCUCCCCAGGGGCGCCGUGCUGACGACCCACUCGUCACCGGCAAAGGCGAAGAGCACACCCAAGGGCAAGGCGACGGCCGCCGCAUCGACCGUCCCUGACUCGACCGCCGAGAUUGUCGCAGGACUGAGCCAGAAGGCGCUCUUUCUCGCACUAUAUGCCAAGUACAUCGUCGGUGAAAGGCGCAUGAACGAAGACAGCGAGAUGAUCCUGGGCCCCCAUGACGGCGGCGUUGUGCACAACAAAGAGCUGGCGGGUGUGUCCGCGGUACUGGAGCAGUGGUUCGCUGCUCUCCCUGACAGUGGGCGACAGCCACAGGGCUGGCUGGAGUACCUCUACGGCGUCGUGCUUGCCAAGGGGAAGAACGAGAAGCUCGCAAGAGACUACUUUCUGCUGAGCGUGCAGCACUACCCAUACAACUGGGGCGCAUGGCAGGAGCUCACGACGCUUCUCGGCACGAACGAAGAGCUCCAGGAACUUGCACCACAGCUGCCGCGAAACCUCAUGUCGUUCAUCUUCCACAUCACCACUUCACAAGAGUUGUACCAGGUCAGCAAUUCGGUCCAUGACUCGCUCACGCAGAUUCUGUCUAUAUUCCCUGCAUCAGCCUUCCUGAAGACCCAGCGUGCCCUGCUACACUAUCACAGUAAAGACUACCUGGAUGCCGAGCAUAUAUUCUCAGAUCUGCUCGUCACCGACCCAUACCGUCUCGACCAUCUCAACACCUAUUCCAACACUUUGUUCGUUAUGGACCUGAAGCCUAAACUUUCUUUCUUGGCCCAAGUGGCCACUGCAACCGAUAAAUUCCGGCCAGAGACAUGCUGCGUAGUUGGCAACUAUUACUCGUUGAAGUCCGAGCACGAGAAGGCUGUCAUGUACUUCCGUCGCGCGCUCACACUAGACCGCAACUACCUCGAGGCCUGGACGCUCAUGGGCCACGAGUUCGUUGAGCUCAAGAACACUCACGCCGCCAUCGAAUCUUACCGCCGCGCCGUGGAUGCCAACAGGAAAGACUAUCGCGCAUGGUACGGCUUGGGGCAGGCAUACGAAGUCCUCGAAAUGCACUCGUAUGCGUUGUUCUACCAUCAGCGCGCCGCUGCCCUACGACCAUACGACCCCAAGUUAUGGAUGGCAGUUGGCCAGUGCUUUGGCAAGGUUGGGAAGAUCAUGAACGGUAUUCGAGCUUACAAACGUGCUCUAGUGGCGGGUUCUUACUACACUACUGGCGCAGGUUCCUCGUUUGGCGGUGGUGAAGUAGCAUUUGGCGGUGGCGGCCAUCUUGAUCCUGAGGUCCUCUACCCGAUCGCCCUGCUUUACGAGCGCAUUCACAACUACGCGGAGUGUUCCGCGUACAUGGAACUUGUGCUUGAUCAAGAGGAGGGUUCUGACAGUGACGACGCUGGUGGAGAAGGCGCAGGCGGUGUCGGCGUGACAUCAACUACGAGCAAGGCCCGACUGUGGCUGGCCAGAUACGAGUUCGGGCGUGGCAUGUAUCAGCGGGCGAGCGAGCUGGCGAACGAAUUAUGCCAGGACAACUUUGAGGUUGAGGAUGCAAAAGCGCUCAUCAGGGACGUGAGAGCGAGACAGGAGGCACACUAGCCGAUUUCCCACAGAUGCUAUGCAAGUAACGCAUAGUAGCACAUGAAUUACGAUACCCAGCUUAUAGAAAUUUACCACGAUGAAGAAAUUGCAGUCAGUUGCAUUGCAAGGGUAU